AUGGGUCUAGCGGCAACAAAGAAUAAACAAAAGCUGGGGCUCGACCCUAGAAACACAGCGUGGAGUAACGAUACUUCACGCUUCGGUCACAAGCAUCUCGAAAAGAUGGGCUGGAGGCCCGGUUCCGGUUUAGGAAUGAUGCCAAAUGCAACCACAACACACGUCAAAGUGUCUAUCAAAGACGACAACCUCGGGCUUGGAGCGAAAUUACGCAAGAAAGAUAAAGCUGAUGAAUUCGAUAGCGGUGAAUGCGCAGGUUUGGAUGCCUUCCAGCGCCUUUUGGGGAGACUCAAUGGGAAGGAAGAUUCUGUGUCAAACGAGCUAGAUAUCCAAAAGAAGCAAAACAUAAUCAACGGAAAGUGGGGGAUUCAUUUUGUCAAGGGUGACGUCUUAGCAAGUACAUGGGACGCCAAAACUAAGACGUUAAAAUUAUACAGUAACGAAAGCACCAAGAGAAAGCUUGAUAGCGAAGAUGAAGAAUAUCCGAGUUCUAGAGAGAGCAAAAGGAGCAAAAAGAGUAAAGAGAGUCGAAAAAGCGACAAAAAGAAGGACGUGAGCGAAGAGGACAAGGAAACUGUCAAAAAAGGCGAUAAGAGCAGGAAGGACAAAGACAAGAAACUUAAGAAGGACGGGGAUACUAAAGACAAGAAAGAGAAGAGAGUCAAGAAGGAGAAGAAAGAUAAGAAGGACAAGAAGGACAAGCAUAAGAUGAAAAAAACCGAAGACAAAAAACAGAAGCACAAGAAGAGCGAGAAGGACCGCGACGAGAAACACAAAAAUAAAAAAGACAAAAAGCGAGAGUACAAGAGCAGCAAAUCGAACAAGGUUAGUCGUGAGUCCAUGUUGAAGCCAAGAGAUCCUCAAGAAAAUGCUAUCGCGUCAAGGCUCUCAGUUCGUUCAAAAUGGAUCAAGCAAAAACGUGCAGCAGUUAUGGAUGCUCAGGCUUUAAACGAAAUUUUUAUGGUGACCACCCAAUAA